CAAUCGCAUCUCUCUCUCUCUCAGAGGCCUCUCUCCCUCUCUCUCUCACUCCUUUGAGGUCCAUUUGCUUUGAACUCUAAACGCACCAGGGGAAAAAAAAAAAAAGAGAGAGAAAAGGAAACAUCUACUUUUCUCGGGAAACAAACGCACCGAUUUUCCAUUCCAAAACACCUAAAAAUGCAACACCAGAGGCUUAAACAGCAGCAACAAGCUCUGAUGCAACAAGCGCUUCUUCAGCAACAGUCUCUCUACCAUCCUGGUCUCCUCGCUCCUCCUCAGAUUGAGCCAAUUCCCAGUGGAAAUCUACCUCCUGGUUUUGAUCCAAGCACUUGUCGCAGUGUGUAUGUGGGAAAUAUCCAUACACAGGUAACUGAACCUCUUCUCCAAGAAGUUUUUGCAAGUACUGGUCCUGUUGAAGGCUGCAAGCUGAUUAGAAAGGAAAAGUCAUCCUAUGGAUUUGUUCACUAUUUUGAUCGCAGAUCAGCUGCUCUUGCUAUAUUAUCUCUUAACGGAAGGCAUCUAUUUGGUCAGCCUAUCAAAGUUAAUUGGGCAUAUGCUAGUGGUCAGAGGGAAGAUACAUCUGGUCAUUACAACAUUUUUGUUGGAGAUCUUAGUCCUGAGGUUACUGAUGCAACACUUUUUGCCUGCUUUUCAGUUUAUCACAGCUGUUCGGAUGCAAGGGUUAUGUGGGAUCAGAAGACUGGGCGUUCAAGAGGCUUUGGGUUUGUUUCUUUCCGAAAUCAACAGGAUGCCCAAAGUGCAAUAAAUGACUUAACAGGGAAGUGGCUUGGUAGUAGGCAGAUCCGUUGUAACUGGGCAACCAAAGGCGCUGCUGGUACCAAUGAUGACAAACAAAGCUCUGAUGCCAAAAGUGUGGUGGAACUAACAAAUGGCACAUCAGAAGAGGGCAAAGAGAUGGCUAAUAAUGAGGCUCCUGAAAACAAUCCUCAGUAUACAACUGUAUAUGUGGGAAAUCUUGCACCAGAGGUUACCCAGCUUGAGCUUCAUCGCCACUUUCAUUCUCUUGGUGCUGGAGUUAUUGAGGAGGUCAGAGUCCAGCGGGAUAAAGGAUUUGGUUUUGUGAGAUACAGUACUCAUGCUGAGGCAGCUCUUGCUAUUCAGAUGGGAAAUGCCCAGUCAAUUCUUUGUGGCAAACAAAUAAAGUGCUCUUGGGGUAGCAAGCCCACUCCACCAGGGACAAGUUCAAACCCACUCCCACCACCUGCAGCUGCACCUUUGCCAGGCCUCUCAGCUACUGACCUUUUGACAUAUGAGCGGCAGCUAGCAAUGAGCAAGAUGGGUGGUGUCCAUGCAUUGAUGCAUCCUCAGGGACAACAUCCUCUUAAACAAGCAGCAAUGGGGAUGGGUGCGGCUGGAGCAAGCCAAGCAAUAUAUGAUGGUGGGUUUCAGAAUGUUGCUGCUGCCCAGCAACUCAUGUACUACCAGUAAUGAGAAGGGUUAACGUCAUACCUUUAUUUGGUGCCUUUGCAGGUGAUAUCCGAGUCUUAUAGAAUUAGGAAAUCUUCUUCUGUUUAUCUUUAUCCUGCGGUGAGUUUGUUACCCGCAUAUUUAUAUUCAUAUGAUUGCCAUUUGCAUGGAUGUACACAUAUUACAUAUGCUGCGUUCACCCCUCAAGCAGUCUUCUACCAUGUAGGGAUGAGUGUUAUUUACCAAGUAGGAUCAGAGUAAUUGUGGCGAGGGUCUUGUAUGGACACUAGUUUGCUUUUAAUAGCUUGGACUUUCUCGUAUUUCUCUGUUGUAUGCGAAUUUUAUUGAGUUGCUGAGGCAUGGAAUGUGGCUUUGUUUUCUUCA